GCGGACAUGUUUCACAGAAUUCUUAUGCUCGCUUUCUUUUCUUACAGCCAAUGUUUUUUGGAAGACCAGUUGUCUACACAACAACGGUUUACUGCUCUGGAAGCUAGAGUCAAACAGUUGGAGGCAUAUACAGCUAGGUGCCCCUGCGUCGAUGCAGUCGGUUUUAAUGUACAGCUAAUUCACGACAUAUCUCCAAUGGGCCAAUACCAACAUAUCAUUUUCGACAACAUUUUAGCAAACAUAGGGAACGGCUAUGACAAAUAUAGUGGCCACUUCACAGCUCCUUACCAUGGACUUUAUACCUUUGCUGUCAGUUUCACAAAGAUGAGGGACCGUAACCUUAGUGUACAGGUAGUUAAAAAUGGAGCCACAAUUGCACAAGGACUUACUCUAACAAAAGAUGUCUACGAUACAGCUACUGUGACAGCUACUGUCGAACUUAAUAAAGGAGAUAGAGUUUGGGUAGAAAACGGAUAUCCCGUGGGCGGUGUCGAAGAUAUACACGGAUAUUGGACAUUUUUCUCGGGUCAUUUAGUAAUGUCGAUGCCAAACUAAACUUCGAGGCUUAUUUCCCAACUGUACACAAUUCAAACCCAAUUAUGAAUGAAUAAUAUCUUGCUCGAUAAGCCUUUUGUAGAAAAUCUUAUUUAUUUUAAAAUGGUGUAAAUUUUCUGCACGACACACGAAUAAAG